AUGAUUCAUCCAUCAGUGAACUCUCCCCUCAACAUGGAUGAAGAGGAAUCGAUGCUGAUAAAGGAAGAAGAUGAAGGAAGUAGUAAAGUCCUUCCUCAAAUCAUGAAGCUAAAACGAAGUCAAUGGUGGAUUCUUGUCUUAAUCAACAUCUUCUUCCUCAUCUCUGCUCAAGCCGUCGCUGUUCUUCUCGGUAGAUUUUACUUCGACCAAGGUGGAAACAGUAAAUGGAUCUCAACUCUUGUCCAAACUGUUGGAUUUCCAAUUCUUUAUCUCCCUCUUUGUCUCCUUCCUGCUUCAAACUCUUCUUCUUCUUCUUCCUCUUCUUCUUCCUCUUCUUCUUCCAAGACUCUGUUUCUGAUAUAUCUUUCUCUUGGUCUCGCCAUUGGUUUGGACAAUCUGUUAUACUCUUACGGUCUUUUGUUACUCUCAGCUUCGACCUAUUCACUUACUUGCGGCACACAGUUAAUCUUUAAUGCCAUCUUCUCUUAUUUCAUCAAUUCUCAAAAGUUCACUUUCUUGAUUCUCGCGUCAGUGAGUCUCCUUACUAUCUCUGCCUCAGUGAUUGCUCUCGACGAUGAUCCGAACGGCCCAUCAGGAGGCUCUAAGUGGCUUUACCUUACCGGUGUUUCACUUACGCUUCUUGCUUCUUUCCUAUAUUCUCUUCAACUCUCACUUAUGCAAUUCUCCUUUGAGAGAAUUAUCAAGAAAGAGACAUUUGGUAUGGUUCUUGAAAUGCAAAUCUACACAUCUCUUGUCGCCUCUUGUGUCUCAGUUAUCGGGCUUUUUGCGAGCGGGGAAUGGAAGAUGUUGAGGAUGGAGAUGGAGGAGUUUCAUAAGGGUCAAUUCAUCUAUGUUUUGACUUUGCUUGGGACAGCAUUUUCAUGGCAAUUGGGUUCCGUAGCAGCCCUAGCGCUCAUAUUUCUCGUGUCUUCGCUGUUUUCGAACCUUAUCGGUACUCUCUCCCUCAUUGUAACGCCUCUCGCAGCAAUUUUCGUGUUCCAUGACAAGUUGACUGUUGGUAAGAUGAUAGGAAUGGUCACGGCCAUCCCGGGAUUGGCUUUAUUUAUGUACCAGAACUAUCUUAAUGACUUGGAAGUACAAAGAGCAAAAAAAAACUCAGGCUGA